CAGGUGAAUAUGUGACAUCAGUUCCACCAGGCUGCUGUUCACAUCAACGGACGUUUGUUUUCUGGAGAACAGGCUGUCGGCCCAAUGCAUUUCUGUCGCAGAUAAUGAAGCUCAUCUGCAUCUCUGCUGUGGUCCUUCAAACACUGAUGAAGUAAUAUGAGAUAAUUAGGAGCCCGCCUACGUCAUAGCCGUGACGUCGUGCGGAGGCUGGAGGGGGCGGGGCGUCUCAUCCAAACAUCCCGCAGCGGCGGGCAGCGCGUGGCACACACCUGGAGCGGACAGGAGGCUGCACGCGGACUCUUCGGUUCUUGUUUCACGCAUCAUGUGGGCGCGAGCUGUGCUGUGCGGGGCGCUGCUGUGCGCGCUCUGCCCGGCGGGAAGGACGGAAGCCGAGAGGGACGAGAGAGGCGUUCAAGACCACCGCUACAACUCCAACAGGCUGCUCGGCGCUCUGCAUGAAGUUCUGGAGAAACUUCAGACGAAGAGGAUUAAUCCGUGGGAGAAGAAAUAUGGACAGGUCCCCUCUUGUGACCUCGGCGAGCACUGCGCCGUCAGGAAAGGAUCUCGUAUCGGGAAGAUGUGCGACUGUCCUCCAGGAGCUUUCUGUAACUCCUUCCUGCUGAAGUGCUUAUGAGCCCGACGACGACACGGCCACAGUUCAUUUACAAAUAUUCAACAUGUGACGUAGAUUAUAGAGGAAUAAACCUUCAUGACCACUUCCUGUUUGUGUCGUAUUAAAGAGUUCUUUU